CUCUCUCCUUUAGGCCCCAGUGGCCUUCCACAGUGCAGUACCUUCAAUCUUUAAUGAAGAAACGAAACUUAGGAGAAGAUGAAUAUAUAACACACACACACACACACACACACACAGAGAGAGAGAGAGAGAGAGAGAGAGAGAGAAAAUUCUGUCGUCUGAGAAAAGAUUCUGUGAUUUUAAAAACGGGAAGACAAGAGUAUAUUCAGAGACAAAGAAAUUCAGGGUGUUUCAGGAACCUCAAAUAGAAAGUUUACUACUAUCUGACAAGCAAGAAUAAGAAUUCCUCAAGGGUGUCUACUGCUUUCAACAGAUGUACCAUUGAAACUGACUUGACCUCCUGACCACAUCCGUACCAUUCCUCCUACAAUGAGCUUGUGCAGUGCAGACGACACCACCCAAAGUCCUGCAAGCAGGCCAGCACAGCUACAGUUGGUGCUGGUGGGAAGAACACGUUCAGGUAAAAGUGCCACUGGAAACACCAUCUUGGGUAAAAAAUGUUUCCCAUCUGAACCGAGCAUGACCUCAGUGACUAAGCAAUGCCAGAAGGAAUGUGAAGUAGUCCAGGGGCGGAGCCUGGCUCUGAUUGACACUCCUGGCUGUUUCAACGCCUCCCUCCAACAAAGUGAGAUAGAACAGGAAGUGCUAAGAGGUAUGGUCAUGUGUUCACCUGGACCACAUGCAUUUCUGCUCAUCAUACCAAUCGGUCAGUUCACAGAGGAGCAGCAGCAGACUGUAAAUAUGAUUGAGGAAACUUUCGAGGAGAACAUCAGUGACCACACAAUCAUCAUAUUUACCCGUGCAGACGAGCUGGAAGGAGAGCCAAUUGAGGAUUUUAUAUCAAAACAGGACAAAAGAAUCAAGGAUCUUAUUGCACGAUUUGGUGGGCGUUUCUUGGCUUUCCACAACAAGAACCCAGAGAAUGGGGACCAGGUGAAACAGCUCCUGAAGAAGCUGGAUGAGCUGCUGGAACAGAACAAGUACCGUCACUUCACCAACCAGAAAACGGUGGUUGUAGAGAAGGCACUAGUAAUGUUGGAACAGAAAAAGCAAGAAAAACUAGCUGAAGCAAUUAAGAAGGCCAAGCAGGAAGUAAGGCAGAUGGCUGAACGUCACCGGGCCAACAUCAUUAAAGCCCUGGAGGAGAAGAAGCAAGAGAUAGAAAAAGACAGGAAGUACUUCCAAGGCAAAAUCAAUAAAUUAGUUGUUGAGAUAAGAGAUGAAAAUGUUGAAGAUCCACACAGGCUGCAGUUGCUGCAGCAAGCUCUACAUAGUGCAAAAAACAGCCUUGGAAACCUGGAGAAAGAGAAGGAGUUAAAGAUAAAGGAAUGUGAAGAAAAGAUAAGGAGACUGGAAAUAUGGAUCAAGGAAGAAGAGCAGAGAAGAGAGCAAGAGGAGAGAGAAAAAGCUUCAAAUGAGGAUGAACACAAAUGGUAUUAUGAUGAAAAAUAUUUCACUAUUGUGAAGUACCUCGUUGUUUUUUUGGGAGGCGCUGGAACUGGAGUUGCAAUUUGGUUGGCACCUGCACUUUUUUCCAGUGCAGUAACCAUAGAACAGGCAUCAGUGUUAACUGCAGUGCUCGGACCAAGUCUUUCUACGGCCGUGACAACAGUGGUUUCAAAAGCAGUUUCUGUUUCAGGUCGCUUGAUGACUAGCUCUUGUUCCAUUCAGUAACCCAAAAGCAUAUCAUAUAUCUUCAUCAUAUAUCUGUUUGAUCAUACAGGUUUAUAAGAAUCUUUAAUGUGUCCUUAUGUAGUCUGUGAGUGAUAAAUCUGUCUCAAUGUUGUUAUUACACUGAUAAUUUCUUUUUAUUACUGCAUAUACUAAUCUUGCUUGUAUACUAAUACUGAUUGCAUCCCUCACCACCUUUAGGACAAAACUUUUGGCUUUUCAGGGUUUUCCUGUGAAAAAGGAUUCCUUUGUUUUGAGGUAUCAGCGAAUCACACUGAAUGCUACAUGGUGUGUUUGAAUCCCUAAGCUGGCGCUUAAAAUUCAAUUCAAGUUAAUUAAUGAGAUCAACAUGGAAAGUUGCCCUCUCCAAAAUGGCGCGGUAGCAUACCAAUAAGACACCAUUUCUUCCUCGGGAUAGUUGAAAUGUCUCUGUCGCCCUCUUGUGGUUGCCUGCAGUUCAAUUCUUAUUCUAUCCCAAUCACACAGAUGGCUCACCGUAUUGUGAGCAAUGUAGUUUAACCUAUUUCCUUGGAACUUUAUAUUGUUAUUUCCUUUGGGUUAUGUAAAGAAUCAUAUUAUCUUGCAUGAGAUAACAUGAGACUUCAUUUAUAAACAGUAACUACAUAAACCAAUAUUUAAAACUAAUGUAUAGGUCUACCUUUUCUUAUAAAUAAAUGUACCUCCUCCCUGAGCGGCAUUAAAUAUGUUUAUAUUUACAUUUUUGUGAUGCGUUUGUGAUUCUGGUGCUGUCACAGGGGGACAUUGCUAGUUCAUAUACAAUGCAAUCUUAAACUUGAAUGAUAGUCAGGUUUCUCUGUUGACUCCUAAAAACAAAAGAGCAAGACCUUCUUUUCACACUCACUAUUUUCCAACCAACGUUCAAUGCUGUUGAUAAGAAGUCCAGCAUAGUAGUAGUAGUAGACAUCAAAUGUUGGACUCAAUUUCCAGAAUGGCAUGCUGAUGGGAGGAAACCCACUGGAACAGCAACCCAAGCUCGGUAUCAAACCGUGGACCCUUGAACUGUGAACUACCAACAAUACCUCCUGCAGCACUGUAUCUCCUACUUCUAUGUGAUAUUGGUGUUUUUUCAGGUUGCUGUGCCAUGAAUGACAAAGUGUUCUUGUUGAGUAAGAACUUUUGCUAGUGUUUGGUAAAGCGUGAGUUGAUUUUGAAAUAUUUUUAAAACAUGUAAUCCAACGCCUGUUUAUUGACAAUAAUAUCAUUGUCUAUUAUGCGAAAUACCUGAAUGCAUUAACAAAAUAAAAAAGUAAUCGUCA